AUGAGUAGUUCACGAGCGCCUGAACCGAAUUUGCUAUUUUUUACGGAGAGUAGGCGGCACACGCGGCUGGAGAGUGCAUUCAAAAGCCCCGUAACAACAAUCUGCUUCGGUAAGCUGCGACAAGCGGGGUUAUUGCUAUUUUUUACGGAGAGUAGGCGACACACGCGGCUAGAGAAUGCAUUCAAAAGCCCCGUAACAACAAUCUGCUUCGGGAAGCUGCGACAAGCGGGUGACGAAAUAGCUGCGAUAUCGGCGAAUGGUCAGAUACGUUCCUUUGAUUUCCCGAGGCUGGAUGAUGCGGAUGGUGAGCUCCAAAAACCUCUUCCGUUCUUCGAACAGCUCGUUCUGGCUAAUAUUUGUGUCUCGCACAUUGCCGAUAUCGAUGGUGAUGGAUUGAGCGAGUUGAUUGUCGUCAUGACCGAUCGUUGUGGUAAAUGUUUUUUUUUUCUCAAAAAUUUAUUGUUAUUCGUAUCUGGAACAGCUAUUGAUUCAUUGUCUGAUUUUCCAGCUAUGCAGCUGGCAACUCAUUCUAUUUUUUUAGUUGAUGCUCCAUCCAGCUCAACGGGUUCUGUUGAAAAAAAUGUUUAA